UGGCGUUUUCCGAACUGGGACGUACUGCUCAAUGGAAGUUUGGCUUCUGAAGCCCCUCUGCUUGAAGCAGAAUUAAACUGCCGAUCUUCCUUUGGUAGAGAAACAGCAUUGUUCAAGGCGAAUUGUGUGUUUUCAAAUCCGUGUCUGCGAGAUUGAGCUCGAAUUUGUAGUAGGAAUGGAUAUUGAAGAAUCUGAGUCUUCGCCAUUGGUGGUGCCGCCGAAGAUCCCGCUGCCCUCGGAGAUUGACCUAGAGGCGGGACCGGAUGAGCAAAUUCAGUGCAGAAUUUGCCUUGAAACAGAUGGUAGGGACUUUAUUGCUCCUUGCAAGUGCAAAGGGACAUCAAAUUAUGUCCACAGAGAAUGCCUGGAUCAUUGGCGUGCUGUGAAGGAAGGGUUUGCAUUUUCUCACUGCACCACUUGCAAGGCUCCUUAUUAUUUGAGAGUGCACAUCAUUGCAGAUAGGAAAUGGCGAACAUUGAAGUUCCGGUUUUUUGUUACUCGGGACAUUCUAUUUAUCUUUCUUGCUGUGCAACUGGUUAUUUCUCUAUUGGCAUAUUUGGUAUAUCUUAUUGACGGCUUUCAAAAAUUUUGGCUUCGCCUUGCCUGGGGCAUUGACAGUGAAUUUAGUUUCUACUAUAUAUGUGGUGCUCUAAUAUUUUUUGCUUUGCUCGGAUUAUCUGGGUGCUUCAUAACCUGCUAUGAUAGAAGAGUACGCAACGACCUAGCCCAGCCAUGUCGUGAGUUGUGCCUUUGUUGCUGUCAUCCUGGAAUUUGCGCAGAUUGCCAUUUGCCAGGAACUCUCUGUAUGUGGACCGACUGCGCAGCUUGCUUUGAAACUUGCACCGGCGCUGCUGGCGAAUGCAGUGGUUGCCUGGGAGGUGCUGGUGAAGCUGGACUGCCACUACUAUUUAUAAUGGCAUUAAUUGUCCUCGGCUUAUUCACAAUCAUCGGCAUAUUUUACAGCGUCCUGGUCGCCACCAUGGUCGGGCAAAGGAUCUGGCAGCGACACUACCACAUACUCGCGAAAAGAAUGCUGACAAAAGAGUAUGUUGUCGAGGAUGUGGACGCUGAGAUGGCAGGCUCGGAUUGGUCGCCUCCUCCGCUGCCGCCGGAGCAUGUUCAGCAGCUCAAAGGACUGGGGCUUCUGUGAGUCCCUGACUGACUACUACUGUAAGUCUCUUUUUACUAAUUAUAAGGAAUGUUUAUGUGCCUACCUACCCAUCCAUCCAUCCAUCCAUCCAUAUAUGAGCAAAUUAAUUUUACUUUGUUUGAGAUAUGAAAAACACUGAUUAUAGAUAUUAUUAUGUUGUUUUUUUUGCAACAUACAGGAAAAUAUGUACUGAUUGAAAUAUAAUUCAUACUUAUUUUA